UUCCGGCUCCGGUACCAUGGCUGACUCGUGUCCUGAAGGUGUGUCGGCCGCCUUGGGCGGGAAGAGGCAACAGUUCGGCAGCCGGUUCUUGAGCGACCCAGCGCGCGUCUUCCACCACAAUGCCUGGUAACUGCCCUGCCCCUCGUCCGGCCUGCGGCUCGCCCCCGUCCCGCUGCUCCGAGCGCUUGGAGAAGCCCCUGACCACAGGCCACUAGUAGAACUGCCCUGGCCAUGGCGCGCUCCUCCCGGCAAGACUUGCUUCCCGGCCGGCGACUGACCCUGCCCGCAGCUGAGAUGAGAGGCCCCUAAGCUGCCUGUUUGGUUUUCCCAGGGACGAUGUGGAGUGGUCGGAAGAGCAAGCCGCGGCGGCAGAGAGGAAAGUGCAGGAGAACAGCUCUCAGCGGGUGUGCCCAGAGAAACAAGUUACAGAAAGUUUAGCUGAGUGCAGCAGUGUGCGCCUGUUAUCCCACUGCUUAGGAGGAUCACUUGAGCCCAGGAGUUCAAGGCCAACCUGGGAAACAUAGGAAGAUCCUGUCUCAAAAAGAAGGGGGCGGGAAAGAAGCUUGGACUACAGGACAUUAAGUGUUUUGCCCAAAGUUGAUUAUGAAGUCAAUGCCCAUAAAUACUGGAAUGACUUCUACAAAAUUCAUGAAAAUAGAUUUUUCAAGGAUAGACACUGGCUUUUUACUGAAUUCCCCGAACUGGCACCUAGCCAAAAUCAAAAUCACUUAAAGGAUUUAAUGUUGGAGAACAAAAGGAAUGAAAUCUCUGCAUGUAGAAGCAGUGAAGAUGGACAUGGCUUAACAGUGGGAGAACAACACAAGUGUUCUUCUAGCACCCUUGAACAUACAGCACAGAUGUUUUCUGUGGAGGAGACUGUAACACAGAAACUCAGUCACCUGGAAAUUUGUGCUGAUGAGUUUCCUGGAUCCUCAGCCACUUACCGAAUACUUGAGGUUGGUUGUGGUGUGGGAAAUACAGUCUUUCCAAUUUUACAAACUAACAAUGACCCAGGCCUCUUUGUUUACUGUUGUGAUUUUUCUUCCACAGCUGUGGAACUAGUCCAGACAAAUUCAGAGUAUGACUCUUCUCGCUGUUUUGCUUUUGUUCAUGAUUUCUGUGAUGAAGAUCAGAAUUAUCCAGUGCCUGGGGACAGUGUUGAUGUCAUCAUUCUCAUAUUUGUUCUUUCAGCAGUUCUUCCAGACAAGAUGCAAAAAGCUAUCAAUAGGCUGAGCAGACUUCUGAAGCCUGGAGGAAUGAUGCUUUUGCGAGAUUAUGGUCGCUAUGACAUGGCCCAGCUGCGGUUUAAAAAAGGUCAGUGUCUAUCUGAAAAUUUCUAUGUGAGAGGUGAUGGAACCAGAGUUUACUUCUUCACACAAGUAGAAAUGAUGGAAGAAUUGCAUAGCCUGGACCCACGACGGCAGGAAUUAUUAGAGGCCAGGUUUACUGGAGUUGGUGUUAGUAAGGGGCCACUCAAUAGUGAGUCUUCCAACCAGAGCUUAUGCAGCGUGGGGUCCUUGAGUGAUAAAGAAGUAGAGACUCCUGAAAAAAAGCAGAAUGACCAGCGAAAUCGGAAAAGAAAAGCUGAACCAUAUGAAACUAGCCAAGGGAAAGGCACUCCUAGGGGACAUAAAAUUAGUGAUUACUUUGAGUUUGCUGGGGGAAGCGGGCCAGGAACCAGCCCUGGCAGAAGUGUUCCACCAGUUGCACGAUCCUCACCGCAACAUUCCUUAUCCAAUCCCUUACCGCGGCGAGUAGAGCAGCCCCUCUAUGGUUUAGAUGGCAGUGCUGCAAAGGAGGCACCAGAGGAACAAUCUGCUCUGCCAACCCUCAUGUCAGUGAUGCUAGCAAAACCUCGGCUUGACACAGAACAAUUAGCACAAAGGGGUGCUGGCCUCUGCUUUACUUUCGUUUCAGCUCAGCAAAACAGUCCCUCUUCCACAGGAUCUGGCAACACAGAGCAUUCCUGCAGCUCCCAAAAACAGAUCUCCAUCCAGCACAGACAGACCCAGUCUGACCUCACAAUAGAAAAAAUAUCUGCACUAGAAAGUAGUAAGAAUUCUGACUUAGAGAAGAAAGAAGGAAGAAUAGAUGAUUUAUUAAGAGCCAACUGUGAUUUGAGAAGGCAGAUUGAUGAACAGCAAAAGAUGCUAGAAAAAUACAAGGAACGAUUAAAUAGAUGUGUCACAAUGAGCAAGAAACUCCUUAUAGAAAAGUCAAAACAAGAGAAGAUGGCAUGUAGAGAUAAGAGCAUGCAGGACCGCUUGAGAUUGGGCCACUUUACUACUGUCCGGCAUGGGGCCUCUUUUACUGAACAGUGGACAGAUGGUUAUGCUUUCCAGAACCUUAUCAAGCAACAGGAAAGGAUAAAUUCACAGAGGGAAGAGAUAGAAAGACAACGGAAAAUGUUAGCAAAGCGGAAACCUCCUGCCAUGGGUCAAGCCCCUCCAGCAACCAAUGAGCAGAAACAACGGAAGAGCAAGACCAACGGAGCUGAAAAUGAAACGUUAACAUUAGCAGAAUACCAUGAACAAGAAGAAAUCUUUAAACUCAGAUUAGGCCAUCUUAAAAAGGAGGAAGCAGAGAUCCAGGCAGAGCUGGAAAGGCUAGAAAGGGUUAGAAAUCUACAUAUCAGGGAACUAAAAAGGAUACAUAAUGAAGAUAAUUCACAAUUUAAAGAUCAUCCAACGCUAAAUGACAGAUAUUUGUUGUUACAUCUUUUGGGUAGAGGAGGUUUCAGUGAAGUUUACAAGGCAUUUGAUCUAACAGAGCAAAGAUACGUAGCUGUGAGAAUUCACCAGUUAAAUAAAAACUGGAGAGGUGAAAAAAAGGAGAAUUACCACAAGCAUGCAUGUAGGGAAUACCGGAUUCACAAAGAACUGGAUCAUCCCAGAAUAGUUAAGCUGUAUGAUUACUUUUCACUGGAUACUGACUCGUUUUGUACAGUGUUAGAGUACUGUGAGGGAAAUGAUCUAGACUUCUACCUGAAACAGCACAAAUUAAUGUCGGAGAAAGAGGCCCGAUCCAUUAUCAUGCAAAUUGUGAAUGCUUUAAAGUACCUAAAUGAAAUAAAACCUCCCAUCAUACACUAUGACCUCAAACCAGGUAAUAUUCUUUUAGUAAAUGGUACAGCAUGUGGAGAGAUAAAAAUUACAGAUUUUGGUCUUUCCAAGAUCAUGGAUGACGAUAGCUACAAUUCAGUGGAUGGCAUGGAGCUAACGUCACAAGGUGCUGGUACUUAUUGGUAUUUACCGCCAGAGUGUUUUGUGGUUGGGAAGGAACCACCAAAGAUUUCAAAUAAAGUUGAUGUCUGGUCAGUGGGUGUGAUCUUCUACCAGUGUCUAUAUGGAAGAAAGCCCUUUGGCCAUAACCAGUCCCAACAAGACAUUCUACAGGAGAAUACUAUUCUUAAAGCUACUGAAGUGCAGUUCCCACCAAAGCCAGUAGUAACACCUGAAGCAAAGGCUUUUAUCCGGCGAUGCUUGGCCUACCGAAAGGAGGACCGCAUCGAUGUUCAGCAGCUGGCCUGUGACCCCUACUUGCUGCCUCAUAUCCGAAAGUCGGUCUCCACAAGUAGCCCUGCUGGAGCUGCUAUUGCAUCAACCUCUGGGGCGUCCAAUAACAGUUCUUCAAAUUGAGACCGACUCCAAUGCCACAAACUGUUAACACACAGAGUGGACAAACAGCAUUCAGCAGCGGGUUUGGAACUUAGCGAAUCCGAAUGGAUCUCAUGAAACCUGUACCAGGUGCUUUUAUUUUCUUGCUUUUUUCCCAUCCAUAGAGCAUGACAGCAUCGAUUCUCAUUGAGGAGAAACCUUGGGCAGCUCUGGCCAGGCCUCAUAGGAAAAGGCCCCGCCCAAGGUUCUGGCGUCAACGGCCACUGUGUGUGGCUGCUCUGAGUGAGGAAAAAAUUCAAAAGAAAAACUGGUUCCAUGUACUGUGAACUUGAAAAUAUGCAGACUCAGGGGGGUCCCUGAUGCAAUGCUUCAGAUGAAGAAUGUGGACUUGAAAAUACAGACUGGGCUAGUCCAGUGUCUAUAUUUAAACUUGUUCUUUUCUUUUAAUAAAGUUUAGGUAACAUCUCCUGAAAAGCUUGUAGCACAAAGGCUCAGCUGGGGAUGGUGUUUGACUUCGGAGGAAAAAAGUUGCUAUUGCCCGUUAAAGGCACUAGAGUUAGUGUUUUAUCCCUAAAUAAUUUCAAUUUUUAAAAAACAUGCAGCUUCCCUCCCCCUUUUUUAUUUUUGAAAGGAUGCAUUUGGUCAUAAAGUGAAACCCGUAUUAGCAAGUACGUGGCAAUGUUCAUUCCAGUCAGAUGCAGCUUUCUCUUCCGUCUGGUCUCCUGCUUGCAAUUGCUUCUCUCGUCUCAGUUGGGAAAGAAGGGAGUGGGAGUACUGAGAUGCGCGGGUUUUUGCCAUUGGACAAAGAAUGAGGUUAGAAGACUGCAGCUUGGAGUCUCUAGGUUUUCAACUAUUUCUUCACAAUUUGAACACUUGACGGUUGUCCCUUUUAAUUUAUUUGAAGUGCUAUUUUUUUAAAUAAAGGUUCAUCUGUCCAUGCA